UAUGAUCAUACACUAAAUGAUCAUUCACUGCCACGCACUCUCUCUCUCGAUCCGAACACGGCGACCUCACUUGAUCAAAACAAGCUUUAAGGCCAUAAACUCAGUUACUCUGCGACAAGACCGUUUCCCCCCUGAACCAUGUCUUCCUUCGACUCCUUCCCCAACGACAACGAAUCCCACGACCCCCACAGCCACUCCCCCGCCGGCCAGCCCUUCGACGACGAUGCUUACAUGGCUCACGACCCCGACCUUCCUUCUCAUAACUACGACUCGUCGUUCAACCCUCCCACCCACCACCACGACUUCUCCCCCGCUGCCAUCGACCCUCCCCUUCCCCUCCAUUCUGAUUUCCAGGACAACGUUGUUCUCCCCGGUGGCGACGACCACCACAAUAUUGAUCAGCAGCAGCAGUCCCCCGAGGUGUACGGCUUCGGCAUUUCCACCCCUAACCGGGAAUUCGUGUCACCUUUUGAUUCGGCGGUGCCCGAGGAAAAUGGCGUCGUGGGUGGCGAUGGCGGCAUUGGUGAUGAUGACGGGGGCAUUUUCGCCUCCAGUGAGCCGGUACUGCCUCCGCCCGAGGAGAUGCGGGAGGAAGGCUUUGCUCGCCGUGAGUGGCGUCGCCUAAAUGUCAUUCAUCUAGAGGAAAAGGAAAAAAGGGAAAGGGAGAUGCGGAACCAGAUUAUCGAGGAAGCUGAAGAAUUUAAGCGGGCCUUCUAUGAGAAACGGAAGCUCAAUUGUGAAACUAACAAAGCUCACAACAGAGAAAGGGAGAAGCUGUACCUGGCCAACCAAGAGAAGUUCCACAAAGAAGCUGACAAACAUUACUGGAAAGCAAUAGCGGAGCUGAUUCCUCGUGAGGUUCCUAAUAUUGAGAAGAAGAGAGGGAAGAAGGAUCCAGACAAGAAGCCCUCAAUUGUUGUCAUCCAGGGCCCAAAACCUGGUAAACCGACUGAUCUUUCAAGGAUGCGGCAGAUUUUCCUGAACCUGAAACAGAACCCACCGCCACACAUGAUGCCACCCCCACCUUCCAAAGAUGGUAAGGAUGCAAAGGGAGAAAAAGAUGGAAAGGAGUCAAAGGAUGGCAAUGAUACAAAAGAUGCAAAGGGAGGAAAGGACGCAAAGGACGCCAAGGAAGGAAUAAUGGACGCAAAGGAUGCCAAGGAAGGAGGAAAUGAUGCGAAGGAUGCCAAGGAAGGAGGAAAGGAAGCAAAGGAAGGAAAGGAUGCGAAGAAUGGAAAAAUUAAUUCACCAACCGCAGCUGGAGCUGCAGCUGCAAGCGCACCUGUUUCACCUGCCAAAGAUGUUACUGCCAAUGGUACUCCCGGCUCAUCAAACCAGAGGCUUCAGCUGAACCAGAGGGUGAGCAACAUUUGGAAACCACGCCAACUCCUGCGGAGUAAUGACCCUUCAUUUUAUUUUUUUUCUUUUUUUACGUUAUCUUUGAUUCUAUUACUUAGAAAUUUACUACGAAGAAUAAACAAAAUCAUUUGUCAAUGA